UGAAGUCUUGGUGGUGGUGUUAGAAACUCCUAACAACCUCCAUUAAUACGUCCUUGCUAUUAACUGAUCCAACACACAGCUAAAUGUUGCUAAGAACUGGACCUUCUUCUGGUUUCUCUCUCACAGAUUGAAUCUGCAAGGGAUGCUACGAACAAGUUGAACUGACCCAUUUCACAGGUGCUGGAAAGUUUUAAUUUUUCUUCUCUGGGUAGCUAAACGGAGAGUUAGGGUCCAUUUUCCCUUUUUUGUUAUUGUGGAUUUUGAAGUUUUAUGCUUGCUGCUCAAUUGGAGUUUGGGAAAUAGUUGUGAUGGAAUUGGAACUGACCCUCCUGCAAUUUUCUGUGCUUUUGACUGCUUUUAUUGUGCCCCGGUUUGCUGUCUCUGAAACAAUAUCAAAUGACACAGUUCAUAGUUCACUGGUAGCUUCCAAGAAUGAAAGCAGUAAAGCAUGGUGCCAUUCUGGCUGGGACAUCAGUCCAAACAAGAAUAAGUGCCUGAAAUAUUUAGAAAAUUCCCUAUCAUGGGUUGAGUCAGAGAACCUCUGCAAAAGCUAUGGUGGACAUUUGGCAGCAUUGACAUCUUCUCAAGAACUAAGCUUUGCAAAACAGCUGUGUGGCCAAAUUGCUAAUAGCUGCUGGGUUGGAGGAAGAGAUAUUGACUCCACUGUUGGUUUUGAUUGGAAGUGGUCUGAUAAUUCAUCAUAUUGGAAUAAGUCAAUAUUUGCUGGGCCAUCUUCUGAUUCAAACUGCACCAGUUUGCCAUGCCGCAACAAUUCUGGAGCUGAUUUCUGUACAUUGUUGAAUAAUGGUACCACUUAUCUCCUGGAAGAGAGAUGCAACAUGUCUCAUGCUUUUAUUUGCAUGCUUGAUGUUGAAAACAAAUGCUACCACAUGCACUGUCACAGGGAAUAUCUUAUUAUCCUUGCAGUUGUUAGUGGGUUGAUCCUCUGCACGAUGUUUGCUGUGGUGAUUUGGCUUCUUGCUUGCAGACGGAGCAGGAAGCGCAGAAAGUCCCAUGAAUUAUAUAAUCCUGCAGGUUCUGCAUUAGUUCCGGCCUCAUGGAAAGUCUUCACUGAUGAGGAACUGAGGUCAAUUACAAAGAAUUUUAGUGAAGGAAAUCGUCUUCUUGGUGAUGCAAAAACGGGUGGCACAUAUAGUGGUCUUCUUCCUGAUGGAUCAAGGGUUGCUGUUAAGAGAUUGAAGAGAUCCGGUUUCCAAAGGAAGAAGGAUUUUUAUUCUGAGAUUGGAAGGGUUGCAAGGCUUCAUCAUCCAAAUUUGGUGGCUAUUAAAGGAUGUUGCUAUGAUCAUGGUGAUCGCUAUAUUGUUUACGAGUUUAUAGUUAAUGGGCCCUUAGAUAGAUGGCUACACCACAUACCAAGGGGAGGGAGGAGCUUGGAUUGGACUAUGAGAAUGAAAAUAGCUACUACCCUUGCUCAAGGGAUUGCGUUCUUGCAUGACAAGGUUAAGCCACAGGUUGUGCAUCGGGAUAUUCGUGCCAGCAACGUGCUUCUUGAUGAAGAGUUUGGAGCACACUUGAUGGGAGUUGGUCUCUCCAAGUUUGUGCCAUGGGAAGUGAUGCACGAGAGAACAGUGAUGGCAGGUGGUACAUAUGGGUACCUUGCACCAGAAUUUGUUUAUAGAAAUGAGCUUACAACGAAAAGUGAUGUUUACAGCUUUGGAGUUCUGCUGUUAGAAAUAGUCACUGGUCGCAGGCCUGCACAAGCAGUUGAUUCAGUGGGUUGGCAAAGUAUAUUUGAGUGGGCCACACCGUUGGUUCAGGCACAUCGCUAUCCUGAUCUCUUGGAUCCUCUCAUAUCUUCAUCUUCUUCCGAAAUUCCGGAAGCUGGUGUGAUUCAAAAGGUAGUGGAUCUCGUAUAUACUUGCACACAACAUGUGCCGUCAAUGCGCCCGAGAAUGUCUCAUGUUGUCCAUCAGUUACAGCAAUUGGCCCAGUCAUCCAUUGUAAAAUGAGGCAACCCGGCUGGAUGCCCGGGGAUUUUCUAACUACAAGAUAACUGCAACGGCAUUCUUUAUCCCAACCAUUGAGGGCUUGAGAAAUUGCAGAAUACUGAGAAGCAAGAGUUGGACUAACAUAGAUUCUAGUUUCUUAAAUUUUGUUAUAGAAUUUCCAUUUCCUUAUAAGCCAAGAAUGCAUUCCAUUGCACUGUAGAUUAUGCUGAUCAUUCUGUUUUGGACAGUGAAUUUUGUGGGAAAAGGUCAAGCAUCCAGCAGCUGCAGGUAAAAGAUCUCAGGGAAGUUUAGUUUUAGGGAAAAUUACUAUUUUGGCAAUGUAUUUUAAUGGAACUAAUUACUUAGUCUCUGUAUUUUGAAAAAUAUAUUAUUUAGUCUAUGUAUUUUACUUCUAUUAAACUAUUUAGUAUUUAGUCUUUUAGUCAAAUUUUUCGUUA